AUGAAGCAGUAUAAACCGUUUGACAAGCCAGCCAAUGGAUGCUAUCGUGCUGUAGGCAUUCCUGCGGAGCAAAAAUUAGCAUCACGAAGUUGCUAUUUCCAUUACUCUACCUUAGCGACCGUGGACAGCUAUGCGAAAGCCGAAUUUCUCGCCGAAUUGAUGCCACCAUGGGAGAGCAAAUUCUGGAUUGGAUUGGAGCGCAAUUCCUAUGGCGCAUUUGCUUGGCCUGACGGCGAAGAGGUACGCAACACUUUCAACAUGUGGCCAGCUGGAUAUCCGAAGGCCCAAGGAGACUGUGUGUAUAUGACGAGGACUGAUGGAAGACUUGUAUGGCAUAACGCUAACUGCGACAGUGAUGAAAAUUAUGCCUGCGAAAGGAGACCAUGUGAUACAGACAAUUAUUGUCUGGUAGAUGAUGAAUGA